CCUCUCCUUCUUCUUCUUCUUCUUCUUCUUCUUCUUCUUCUUCAAUUUUCUGUUGUAGCACCCUACUUUUUAUUGUUUUUCCGAUUAACGUUAUCUCGUAAGUUUAUUUUGUAUUACUUUUUAACGUGAUUUAUGAUUUUUAUGAUUUUAACUGAAUUACAGUUUUAUUGCAGAUGACAUUCCAAAAGUUCACGCUUGGGUUACGUUGGAAUGGUUACACGGAAGAGACUGGAAAGGGGGUCACCUACGUCGGUGGCAAUACCGAUGCUUGAAGACCUCCAUCAAUGUGUACUAAUGUUACUUGCAUGGAUGGCACGAGAAGAGUUGAUCGUAUGGUAUACCGAUAUCCAAACAGAGAAGGCGGGUCGUUGUGGCAUGAGGAAUAUCUCAUAACCACUCAGGAUGAAUUAGAUGCCAUGCUCGAAUUCUUGAGGUCGAAUAAUAUUUUCAAAGCCGAGAUUUUCGUUUACACCGAGGCGGUCGAAGGCGUUGGAGGUAAUUCUGGAGACGGGCAAACAUCUGGUACCAUGGUGGACGUGAAUUAUAUGGUGAUCAUCCCUACCAAAGUUACCAUGAUCCUCAUUCCUACUUUCAGUACCAAGAGCAAGGUGAAGCUCGUCAUCAAUCUUUCCCAUCAUAUGAAGAAGAAGUUCAACGACACCAUGCCAACCAACCCGAGUACAACUUCCAUUCAGGCAGCGACAAUUUUCAAAACUACCAUUACGAAGCUGAUGAAGGUGCCUUUCAUGAUCUGGAUCAGAUGGAAGAUGCCCUGCCAACACCAGUUAGUGACCCCUCUGAUGAAGAAGAAGAAGGGAGCAAUGUUAGUGCAGACAGUUCCGACCCUCUUGAAGGUGCUGAUGAUUCAGGAGGCCGAGAGUCAGAUUCAGAUGAUGAUGAGGUGUCUCGUGACCGUGUACCUAUUUCGUACUACACUCACAUUCCAGACGACAAUUGGUGUUUCGAUAGCGACAUGGGGCCGCCAGAGGUCCCAGUAUGGGGUCCACUCACUAGGUUUGUGAAGGGCCAACACUCGUAAGACUCUUAGAAGAGGUAUACAUCUUCUUAGAAACACAGCCUUUUUGACGGUAAAAGGGGGAUCCGAGGAUCGCUUAAAACCUGAUUUUCCCAGGGAAUGGGAGGAUCAUGAUAAUCGUAUAGAAAUUCAUUUCCUUAGGCAUGCAUCUCUUUAUAAAGAGUCUAAGUAAGUGGCGCUAUGUAUUCGAUUAAAUUAUUGAAAACAACCAAUAUGAUUAAAAAUGAUCAAAUUUAUUUUAUAUUCCUCUAAGUACGUUAACAAAUUAAAAAAGAAAGAGAAAUGAUGAAGAAUUGUAUGUACCUCGUGAUGAUUCCAAACAUCCCUUGAACGAUGGUUGGGUUGAUCGUACAACACGGUUGGAUCACUAGACCGUUGAUCAACAUAAUAGCGUUGGUUGUAUAUAUCCACAUCGUCCCCAACCUAAGAGAGAAUAACAAUAACAUUAGUACAUAGAUUAAUUGAAAAGGUUAUAACCACAACAUUUAGUAAUGAGUACGUACCGCUUGAAAUUCAUCAUAAUAAAUUCCCUCUUCUUGGAACCACUCGUCCAUUUUUUUCGCGAAAGUCAGACAGAGAUUCGGCGGGUUUUGAAGGAAAAGCCAAAGAAAUGUUUUCUGAUGGCAUAUCGGACUUAGCCGCAACCAACAGACCACUAUUUCCUAGGCUUUUGGGAGGGGAGGGGGAUGGAUAGAGAGAUAAUUUUAGAGAGAAAGAGAGGAGAAUGGGUUGUGGUGUGAAAAAAUGAGGAGGGGGAGGGGGCGAUUCACGGCGAUCGAGGAGCUGACCAUUCGCCAGGUGCGCGGUCUUCGAUCCCUGACACGGAUCGCUGCGCUGGCGCGCGGUCAGCCGUUGGAUCGCCCCCAUCCAACAGUGAUGGGGACCGCCGACUCGGGAAUGCAGACCACACGCUGACAGUGUGGUUUUCAAGCUGCCCUAGCGUGGACCGCUCCCCCGUUGUGCGGUUUGCACCUAAAACGCACCUUGAAUGUGUAGUUUAUAUGUAAAGGUGCUAUUUUUGAAAUUUUUGUGGACUGGGUGCUAUUUUUGGAUUUUGUUUAUAAAGGUGCUAUUAUUGA